AUGGACACACAGAUCUUUCAGACGACUCAUACAGAGAAUGGCGAUAACACAUCGAAAAAGCUGCGCAGGGCUUGCGAUAUUUGCCAUCGCAUGAAACUACGGUGUUCUGGAACUAAUCCAUGCAGUCGGUGCCAGGAUGCAGUGGCCGAGUGUGUAUACUCAUUUGCCGCAAAGAUCGGCAAGCCCAAAGGCAGUCGCAACAAGAAGACCCUGCAGAGACUUCAACGGCAAGAAGAACAUGUCCCCCAAACAAGGCCAGACCAGGGGUGUUCAAACCCUGCGCCUGGAAAUUGCGAUAGCUCGCUGGCAUUAGACAUCGAUGGUCUAAAGGCUUGUCUAGACUGGAGUUCGUUUUUGAACCCAGUCACUUCGGUGGAAAAUCAGAGUGAUUUUUCAAUACCUGAUGCAAAUUGUGACACGCACGUACAAGCUUCAAACCCGGCAUUAUUACAUGAUAUACAAAACUUCGCCGCUACUGCUGCCUUUAAUAUAGACAAUACUUCUUUUGACUUCUCGCCCGAUUUCUGUAUCCCCGGUGACCCAACUGAGAGUUUCCUGGCCGACAACAUGUCAAUUGUUGACGUGAACCUCAAACCACCAUUGGAAACAGCAGACCAGGCAAAGAAUCCACAACCCAAGCGAUCACAAGAUCAAACAAGUGCCUGCAGCUGUCUGCGAUCCCAAUUCGAAUCCCUCUGUCGACUCAAAGGCCUCGAAAAAUCCCCAGGACCCGUUCGCCACGAUACAGACAUUGCUACCAGUUUAAAUGCACUCGCAGUGUCCCAGGAUAUUCUCAAGUGCGAGCGAUGCCACGCGGACCCCGAAACAAACAUGCUCAUUAUCAUGGCGGUGGAUCUGGUCUUCAGACGUCUGGAAGGCCUCGUGGCUAAAGCCCCAGACGCAUUGAUGGAGCUCCGUGUUACCCUUGGCGAUCAGGAAAUCGUCGAGCAAGAGCCUCUUUCUCUUAUGCGCAAGACUCUCGUCACUCUAGUUCGGGAUCAAGUGCAACAAGUCUUCAAAAGCAUACGCGCUCGUAUCAGUCGGCUCAAUUCGCAAGCGAACGAGGUUGCGAAUAAAGAUGUCGAUCAGAUGGACUAUGUACACGAUUAA